AUGAAAGCAUGGGUCUCAGAAAAUGGGCACGGUAUAGAACUUCGAGAAAUUGAUGUCCCAACAAUCAAAAAACCCGGUCAAGUUCUUCUGAAAGUCAAGGUAAUUUGAUUUUUAAGCAUGAAUUAAUUUUAAGAAAUAAUUCAGGCAGCAAGUAUAAAUCCAAUCGAUGUUGAUAUGUCGCAAGGCUAUGGCCGUGAGUUUCUCGGAGCCUGGAGAAAAGUCGCUGACUUCGAUCCCUCCAGUUCACGCUUUCCUUUGAUUCCCGGACGCGAUUGUUCUGCAGUUGUUGAAGCUGUUGGCGCAGAUGUUCAUAAUUUAGCCGCUGGUGAUGAAGUUCUAGCAAUUGUUCCAGUUAUCAAUCAAGGAACACAUGCAGAAUAUGUUAUCGCGGAUGCCAAGUUUUGUUCGAAGAAACCAUCAAAUUUGAGUUUUGAAGAUGCAACAGCACUUCCAUAUGUUGCCACAACUGCAUAUUCCGCUUUUAAAAUUGCGCAAGUCAAUCAGAAAAAUGCCAAAAGUAAGUUUAUCUUCAUGUUUCUAGAUAAAAUUGAAUUUUUUUUUAAUUUUCAGAUCAACGAGUUUUAAUUCACGGUGGAGCUGGAGGUGUUGGUUCAAUGGCAAUUCAACUUUUAAAAUCAUGGGGAUGCCAGAAAAUCGUUGCAACUUGCUCAAAAGACAGUUUUCCUCUAGUCACCAAGUUGGGAGCAAUUCCAAUCGACUAUUCAGAUAUGGAAGCUGCUAAAAAUCAACUUAUCUCACUAGCUCCAUUCGAAGUUGUCCUAGAUACUGUGGAUUCCGAAUUGGCAAAAUGGAGUGAUAAUGUGAUGGGAGUUUGGAGAAAUUGUGUGCAUGUUUCGAUUGUUUCCCCGUUGAUGCGAGAAAUCGAUAAAAAUGGAAUUCCAAUCGGUUUAUUCUCCACAGCCACCAAACAUUUUGAAAGAAGUAUUCAGAGUCAUUUUAGAGGUCGCUGGUUUUCAUAUGCAUUUUUUAUGCCAAGUGGAACUUGUAUGAGACAAUUAUCAACAUUUGCCGAACAAGGAAAGGUUAGUUAGCUGUCUUCGAAAUUUCUCCGAGAAAAUCCUUUUUCAGAUCGUUCCAAUUGUUGAAAAAGUGAUAAAAUUCGACGAAAUGGUUCAUGGAUACGAAAAAGUUUCACAAUUGAGUGGAAGAGGUAAAACUGUAGUAAAAUUUGAAUGA